AGCGCGCGCACUAUCUCCAGCAAUGCAGCCCGACAGAAACAACGCCGCGCAGCCGACGACUACGUGUUCGACUUGUCCCCGCGCUUUCCACGUCACCGCCACGUCGUCGUCGUCGGCUACGAGGUUGUCCCCGCGCCGCGCCGGUGCCUUCCUGGUGCUCCUGGUGGGCACCCUCUUCUACGCGUACCAGGACGACGUGCUCCGAAUGGCGGUGCGCGCGAGGCGCAAAGUGCAAGGCCAGCUCUUCUUCAGGGACGACAAGUGUGAGGCCGUGCGCGUGCUCAAGACUUGCGAGCGCGAGGAGCUGCUCAAGGUGCUAUUCGUCGUCGACACCCAGCCGGAGAACGUCAAGCAGAGGCGCUUCGCUCGACUGUCCUACGCCAGGCGCAGUUUCGCCUUUCCCCUCCACUGGCUCACCGUGUUCCGGAUGCUGGGCAACAACAGCGAUGACGAGCUGGUGUCCCUGGUGCGAGACGAGUGCCACAGGGCCGGCGACAUUGUCGUGCCACGCGGCGCCCACGCGGCGACCGCCCCGGAACCCGGAGCCCCGAGAACGCCGCCCACUUUCCUGCCGUUCGUGGCGUGGAUCCUGGAGAAGUGCCCCAACGUCGACCUGGUGGUGCACAUGCACGAUAUGGUGAUACCGCACCCGUUCUACCUGCCAAACUACCGGGUUCUCCACAUGGACCACCAGCCGCAGGUGAUCCACUGCCACGGCACCGGCUUCCGCACGGCCGAGUGCCAGGCAGUCGUCCGUGCUCAUGACCAAGAAGAAGGGCAUCGAGGCCAUCGCCCAGAACGCCUCCGAGCAGGAGGGCCUGCUGGUCACGGGCAACCUGGAAGUCAGGGACAUGGCCAGCUACAUCGCGGUGAACGAUAGCAUGACCAUGCUGUACACCAUCGGCGCCGUGUUGUUCUACACGUACCCGCAGAACCUAAGCGUGUCCAUGAUGUCGCUCUGGGAGGAAAUGAUGGCCGCGCCGGAGAACAGCCCCCACUAUCUUCACCUUUGAGCCGGAAACGCUGGACAGCUCCGCUAACUCGGCAACUUUGCUUUACAGUUCGCAAGCGGCAAACAGCAUACAUGCAAGCAAAAACAUAGCCAUGCUUUCCUCACACAAACAGUAACACACAACAAAACGUUCUUUUACGUCUUUAGUUAUAAAUUGCCAUCAUCAUUAUCCUAAACUGAACACUGCUUGGUUUUGCUGUGCACCUGGGAUCACGUGGGAAAAAAAAAACUGUAUACGGCAUUCUUUGAAGCCAUAUCGAGAUAAAUGGUGGUUACUAUUUUAUUUCUGUUCUGUUUAAAGUUAUGAACCUGUGAUGAGAUAUCCCAAGUCUCUGAGUGGCUGUUGAAACUUCACUUGGCCGACUGAUGCGGCACUGCAUGAAUAGCCGAGGGGAAAGAACUGAAUAUGCUUAUUUUGCAGCCUUAAUUGUUUGGAGAGAACGUUCAUGUUUUUCUCCAGCCUAGUUCAGGUCACGACACUCUUGGUCGCUUGACCGCACUCCUCUCACAAGAAUGUCUCUCCUGUGCCUGCGGCGGAGAGCUUGCGAAGCAAGAAGCUUGGGCCUUUCCCAUGAUACAUGUUCUUGCGCAAUCGGGGAUUUAGUGCCACGUGGCUCGUUCAUCUCUAUACGGUUAGAAUACACCCAAGUUCUUUUUUCUUUAUAUUUCUCACUACACAGUUAUGCUCAAUAGUACCUAGCUGUCGGGGACAUUGUUGUGCCUUUUCAAAGAUGAGUUUUUUAAAACUGGCGCCGAGCGCGACGCCUUCCAUCUCUGACGGUAACAUGCGCAAUAUGCAUUGGCGGUACUUAAAUUUACAGCAGGGAGAAGCCUAGAUACUUGGUUUCGCAUUCACAGUUGGCUACGCAGUCUAUACUAUGAUGUGAUAAGUUCGCGGAACUUCAUUACUGCUAGAGCGAGAAAAAUCGGAUUAACUGAAUGGCAAAAUUAUGAGUUACAACCACUUAAUUAUACAGCACCAUAUCCGCUUCCACCAGGGAUCGUUGCAGGGAGUGUGAUAAAUGAACAGUUAUGUUAGUUUACUGUUUCUGUAAUAAGUGUAAAAUUAGGCAGGGUAAUAAUACAGAACAGUAAGGAUGCACACGGAGAUUAGAUUAACAUAGCUAAACGAUUUGCUACCAGCGAAAUUCAAGUGGGCCUUAAGUGAACAACCUAACUCAAUACAGUGAGACACUUGAGCAACAAAUAAGCAAACAAAUUAUGCAGAGCAAGAACAGCAAACUAGAGUUAAAAUACAAUUAAGAAGCAAUCCGCACAGUGAUUUCUGAAACGGCGAAGACGUAAUGUUUACGAUUUACGGCUGAGAAAACUAAUUUUUCCAUCAGUGGAACAUUUUUGUAGCGGUAAACUUGUGUGUGUAGCACAGGGGCUUAAAUCAACACAGUUCACCUUUUUCUCACCUGUACAUAUCAGGAUCACAUAUGUUCUUGUAUACU